CACUUUAAUUAAGUUAAUAUUUCGAAAUCCGGUUCGUUCUGAAUAAAAAUUCCGUGAAAAUAGCGAGUUCAUGUGAAUGAGCUAUUUCCAGGUUGUUGUCUGGUCGUUUACUGUUACUCUUUGGAGGAAAAUGUGUCUGGUUGCUAUGGAAAUUUUGACUCAUUUUUGUUUUUCUUUUAUUUUGAUAAUUUAAAUGGUAAAUUAUCUUCUAAUUUUUUCUAUGUUCAAGCGAAAAUGUUUAAUUGUUAAUAAUUUACGAAGGUGUCAGUCAUCACUUUCAAUUGUUUUCUAUGGUUCAGAUGCCUUUAGUUUGUCAAGUUUGGAAAAGCUUUCACAUCAUCUUGUUGAUUCGCCAUCAUCUGAGUUGACCAUUAAUAGAUUGGAAGUUGUAACAAAGAAUGAUCGUAAUCAUGUCAGUCAAUUUGCUAAAAACAAAGGAUUAAUGGUUCAUCAUUGGCCGUGCAGAUUAAAACCUGAUACAUAUGAUUUGGGUGUUGUUGUUUCUUUUGGACAAUUAAUUGAUAGUCCAUCAAUACGAAACUGUAAAUAUGGUAUGAUAAAUGUUCACCCUAGUCUAUUACCUAAGUAUCGUGGAUCUACACCGAUUCAGAGAGCAGUUUUAAAUGGUGACCAAGAAACUGGUGUUAGUGUUGUUACAAUUGAACCAAAAAAAUUUGACAUUGGGAAAAUAUUAUCUCAAGAACGAGUUGCAAUAAGUGAAUCAACUAAAUCAAUCGAUUUAUAUCACAAUUUAGCUGAAAUUGGAAGCUCAUUAUUGAUGAAAUGUUUGACAAACAUUGAAUAUUAUUUAUCCAAUUCUACUGAACAAUCAACUGAUGGCGUUUCUUAUGCAACGAAACUUAAAAAAUGUGAUGGUUACAUUGACUGGGAAACUAUGACAAGUUGUACUAUCGAUAAAAUCUAUCGUGCCUAUGAUAGCUUCAUUCCAAUUUAUUGUGACUGGAUUAAUGGGUCACCUUUAAUCCUAAUGGAGAUGGUUGAUUAUAGAGAUACAGUUAAACUCGAUUGGGAUAAACUCGAAAGACUUGUAUUUGGUUGUAUUCAUCACGAUAAACCAGGAUUAGUGAUGUUCAAUCCUCGAUUAAAUGGAAUCUGUUUCAAGUGUAAAGACAACAAAUGGGUAACAUUUAGACAAUUAGCUUUGAAAAAUUAUGGAAAAAUGACUGCCUUAGACUUUAAAAAUGGUUUUGUUAGUAAACAAAAACAACCUUUGAUUAUAUCGAAUAACAGAAAAUAAUCAAACAAUUAAUCCUUUUUGGUAAAAGUGUUUUGUUUUUUU